AUGGCGACUAGAAACUCGAACAGCUCUGCUACCGGUGAUAAAGACAGUUAUCGUGGAAUAAACCCUGCGCACUCCACUGCCUCUAUCUCGUUGAUUCCAAAGGAUUCGGAUGAACCUCCUCGUGUGUUCUCCUCGUCAGUCAACACGAUCACCAUUGGCCGGUACACCGUCGAUGGAAAGACAGACAGCGCUGCCGCCCAGAGUACCUACUUGACAACGUGUCCCGUCGUAUCUCGGACACAUGCUACGAUUCGAUGGCUCCAUACAGGAGAUGUCGUUAUCGCGGACUCGGAGAGCCAUCAUGGCACCUAUAUCAACGAUUCCCUCGCGAGGUUGACCCCCGGUCAAGCAUACAAGCUUCAAGAUGAUGAUAUCAUCUCCUUUGGCAAAGGAAUCUUCAAGGAUGGCAACUUUCACCCGCCGCAUACGGUUCUCGUUCGCUUCAACGCGCCGCCGAGCUCUCCUACAAAGAGCCGCAGCGGUACAUAUGGUCUUACAUCAAGAGCUGACCCGACUCGCUUGUCCAGCAUAGGAUCUCCUCAAAGUGAGGUCACAGAUAGACAGGCCGAGAGAAUCAGGACUGAGGUUCAACGCCUCGGACGACGAAGAGAGGCAGCGUCAAGACAUAAACGCCAAUUACACGACGUGUCUGCCCGACUAGAAUAUCUUGAAAAGUCGGCCAUGGACAAGGCAUCUCCACAAGAUGUCGAUGUCCGGUUGCGCGCUCUAGAGCGACAUUACGAGAGCCUUUUGGAGAAACUGACAAACAUCGAACAGAGCUUGCGAACACCUGAUCAGGAUAACGGCUCGAUUACAUCUGAACGUCGUCGAAAACACAAGCAAUCAGACGAUGGAGAGGAAACCGACGAUGAUGAACCGGCUGUCGCCCCCAAGGCAGCAGCAUCAACCUCUUCGACCCUAGGCACUGUCGCAAUGGUCCUCGCAGGAGUGGCAGUAACUUACACAGCCCUAGCGAUGAGUUAG